ACUAAGAAAUACUAAGUGUGACUUUGUUUCCUUUUUUGUUUUUUUUGCUUCACUGCCUUCUGUUGCCCCCACAGUUCACUUCUUAACAAACUAAACUCAAAGACCCACAGUUGUGAUCAGCCGCCGGAUCAGUGUAUCACACCAAGGAAACCUCAGAGCACUAUGGACAAAGACAGAAAGAUGAUUAUGUUUGGUCUGCUUUUGGCAGCCUUCGUCAGCCCUGUGUUUGCUGGAGAAUGGAAGGCCAGUGUUGUGAAAAGCCUCGAUGCUCUGGUUUCAUCCUGUGUUGUGAUUCCCUGUUCGUUCACCCAUCCGGAAGGAAACCUGCCUACCUCCAGACUCAGAGGGAUCUGGCAUAUUUCAGACCAAAGAGAUCGGUGCAUCUAUCACUACGAUGACACGCUAGUUUUAGACAAUUUUAAGGGACGCACAAAGUUGUUGGGACAUCUGGGUCAGAGCAACUGCACCUUAGAAAUAAUUGAAAUCAAAGAUCAUGACAGCGGCCCUUUCUGUUUCCGGAUUGAACUUACAAAAACAGAGACUGUUGCACCGGAGAAGUUCUCUUUUGUCGAGGAAUGUGUCGAUCUGAAAAUGCUCCCUGAUCCUCCAAAGCCCAAACUGACUCAACUAAAAUCUGCCGUUCAAGGACUCCCCUCCGUUCUCACCUGUACAGUCCCUCACACCUGCCCCUCUCGGGCCCCUAAACUCACAUGGAACAAGGGCAUUGCAGACGGGAUCAUUGAGGUCCACAGAGAAAUCCAUGCAGGAAACUGGGAGAUGCAGUCCAUCCUAACGUUCAUUCCUGAAGACAAGGAUGAUCACAGUGAAGUCAUCUGCACAUCCACUUUUAAUGGAGGCAGAACAUCAUCUGAAACACUGAAACUCUAUGUAAAACGUACAGAAAACUACAGCUACGUUAUCAUUCCCACUGUGGCUGCAAUUGGUACAGCUCUGAUCUUUGCGGUGUUCAUCAUUUUCAUUGUGAAAAAGUACAAGAGCCGCAUUGUAGAGCUGCAAUCUCAGGAAGGCAGUAUGUGGAACCGGCUCUCCAGACUGUCUCGCAGAGUCAGGACUGACGAUGGGAAGUGAGAAAAAGGAACCUCAGAAAUAAGCUUUGAAUUUCCCUCGGGAACAACAAAGUAUCUAUCUAUCUAUCUAUCUAAGCACAACAGCUGUUGUCUUACUAUUGCGUUUAACAAUCAUUAACUCCAAAUGUCAUCUUUUCAAGUAAAUGUAAAACUGUAGUCAUCAUUGCUUUGGCCACAAGGGGGACAAAACUAUAUAUACACGAGGUGUGUAUGAAUAGGCCUAAAGAUAUCCCUUUGGGCUUGUAUGUUACUGCACUAAUAAUAGUCCUUCAUGUUUGCUUGCUUGUUUUAUUGAGAACACAAAAGUGUUUGUUUUUUACAUUAACUCCAAAUGUACUGACUUGUGAUGUCAGAGACAUUGUGUUUGGUUUAAUCAUUUUAUCAAUAAAGCCUUCAUUGCCACGA